ACCGUUGCGAGGGCAAAGCCUGAUACUCAACAGCUGAUGUGUUUGACAACACACGCAGACACCCACGACCACCCCAACACACUGAAGAAGACGUCAGUGCUCGCUUCCCAGCCCUUAACAAACUGAUUUCGCUAUUUAUCAUAUAUGGCCAUUAACAUACAGCGCUCCUCCUUCACUGUUGUUGCUGCCUCUUUGUUGUGCUUGAUGCUGAGAGUGUCACCAUGCACUGGCCAGUCAUUAGAUGCCCACAUGGUGAUGACACUUCAGCCAUCCUGCCCACAGUUGAAGCCCAAGGUGCAUUAUGGAAUGGGAACACAAGAUGACUUGGCAGGGAAGAGAGAGGUGGUGGGCAGUGCAAGAGACCUGAACAGCUGUGUGAAGGCCUGCUGCAGAAGAGAGAAAUGUGACAUGGCACUGUUGCAAGGGGAGCUGUGCCUGGCUCUUGAGUGUCAUGACAGUAAUGCUUGCCACCUGGUGCCUGUCACAGGGUCACAAGCUGUGGUGGUGCGGUCUUCUGGUGAUGCUGAAUCGGUUCUGCCUUAUAGCACCAAUGCCACGCACAUGGAAGCCAGGGUGGGUAUUCACCAGAGUAUAAUUGACCGGCGGUGUGAGGUAAACUUGAUGGAGUGUGGGGAGCAUGGGACAUGUCAGCCAUUGGGAGACCACCGCCGAGAUGGGCUGUGUCACUGUGAUGCUGGCUAUGAGUGGGAGGCAACAGUGGGGGGCUGUGUUGCCACCCCACCCAACCCCACUGAGACCCCUGCAGGAGGAACCAAUACCAACCACUACUCCAUCUCCACUCCUCCCAGUGCUGAGAAUGACUCCAGUUCAUUACCAACAGUCUCCCCUGUUGUUGGUACAGUGCCUCACCCUCUUGUGGAAAAGCUGCUGGUGAAUAUCAACAACAAGACAUUGGAGCUUAAGGGGGGCAGCAGUAUCUAUGAUGGCACUGUUACCCUCUCAGCAUAUGCUAUUGGAGGCACUUCAGACCUCAAGUAUGAGUGGGCGCUGCUGGAGCGGCCUGACAGUGAUGACACUGGAUCAGUGAGUGACUUGCAUAGCCAGACCAUUUCUCUGACACACCUCACCCAGGGUGUGUAUGUCUUCAAAGUGGAGGUGACAGCUGUGGGUGCUCAUGGCGAGGCAGUGGGCAACGUGACUGUUAGGCCAGCUCAGCACACUAAUAAACCCCCAAAAGCCAUCAUUGUCUCCCCCUCACAAGCCAUCAAGCUGCCCACCUCAGGGGUAAUCAUUGAUGGCUCCAGCAGUACAGAUGAUGAUGGGAUUGAGUCGUAUGGGUGGGAGUUGGUAACAGCACCACUUGGCUACAAACUGAAGAAUUCUGAGCAAGCUGGCCCCACGCUGCAGCUCACUGACCUCAUUCCAGGCAACUACACCAUCAUGUUGCGUGUGAAGGACAAGGAGGGCCUGGAGGGCAAUGUCACCACUCUGCUAAAUGUCAUAAAAGAAACAGACUACCCACCCACUGCCAAUGCUGGAGGUGACCAGAUUGUCUACUUGCCACAGCGAGAGACCAUCCUGUAUGGAAAUACAAGCACAGAUGACCAUGGCAUAGAGGAGUGGGAAUGGACAAAGGGACCAAAGGACUCAGGAAAAGCAGUGGAUAUGCAGGACACUCGCACACCCUUCUUGCACCUCAGCAAUCUGGAGGAGGGACAUUACCAGUUCAUCCUACAGGUAACUGACAGCAUUGGUCAGUCUUCCAACACAUCCGUCUACGUGUAUGUUCAAAAACCCAGCUUAGCAGCUCCCAAAGCCAAUGCUGGGCCAGACAUGCAGAUAGUACUGCCCAAUGCUACUGUCCUGUUAGAUGGCUCAGGCAGCAGUGACAUCUCCUCCAGUACUCACUGGCUCUGGACACAACUCAGUGGUCCCAAUGCAGCCAACCUGUUAACACCAGACCAGCCCCAGACAAAUGCCUCAGGACUCACCAAAGGGGAAUAUCAGUUCCUGUUGACAGUCUGGGUUGGUGAUGACCCCAGCAAGAAUACCAGUGAUGUUGUGGUGGUGAUGGUGAGGCAUGAUCACAAUGUUGCACCUGUGGCCAAUGCUGGUGGGGAUUUUAGUGUGAUGCUACCAGUCAGCGAGGUUGUGGUGGAUGGCUCCCAGUCAUCUGAUGAUGUAGCAGUAACACGGUGGCUGUGGGAGCGAGAUGCUACCUCCCUGGCCGCUGGACAUGUCAUUAAUGGUUCUGACCACUCACACAUCCUCAUGUUCACAGGAGUGGUGGCUGGACGGUAUGUGUGGCGCCUCACUGUGUGGGAUGACCAGGGAGCCUCGUCUUCAGACACAGUCUCCAUCAUCGUUAAUGAAGGUCCUCAUCACUUGGAUGAAAUAACAGUGGUGGUGGAAGGUGAUCUGGGCACCCUCAGCAUCCUCCAACUCACCACACUUUUGCAGAAGUUAGAACUGUUCCUGCAUACUGCUGAUAGGGUGGUCACUAUACAUCUCAUCUCUCUCAGUGGACUGCCCCACUCAGGUCGUGUGAGUGUGACAUUUGUGGCAUAUGCUGGCCAGGAAGUGGUGCCUGGCGUGGAGGUGGUGGCAAUACUGCGACACCAAGUCUUGGCAGACUCUUCAGAUCUAUUGGACCUGCCACUCAUCUCCGUGGACACAGUAGUCUGCCAAAACAAUUGCUCAGGCCACGGGGAGUGUGUUGAGUCCACCCGAGAGUGCCACUGCCACACCUGGUGGAUGGAGUCAUACUUCCGGCGCCACAUGAGGGAUGGCCUGCAGAACUGUGAUUGGAGUGUGGUAUAUGUAUUUGUGAUAAUCUGCAUGAUGGUGGUGACGAUAGGGCUCAUUGUGUGGGGCUUGGCAGUGCUGGUCAGCCGAAGGUUUGUGGAUAACACCCGGCCACGACGCAAGCCUCCCCGCUAUUCACUACUCAGUUCCCAUGAAGAAAAUACAAAAUUGCAGCCCCGCCCCCCAGGGAGCCUCCUGGAUUCAGCCUCUGAGAGCAACAGUGAUGUGGAAUUCCAUUUUGACCCUCGCAUGUCGAAACACAAGUGUGAUAAGCCAAGGAAUGGCUACCAUAAGCUGCCAAGGAUCCGCACAUAGUUUGUGUUGCAAUUGAGUGGUUGUGAGUGGUGAGGAGGUAAUAUAUAGUAUAGGAGGAGACUAUUUAUAUUGAUGUAGAAUUUACUGAAUAUAAUUGCCACUACACUGAACAAUGUGUGAGGCUUAAUAUCAUUUUGUCAAGUAUAUACAGUCAUCCCUUAAUAUAUUUGAGGUUUUAACUUUUGCGGAUUUGAGUGUUGGUGAAAAUAUCCGCAAACUAUUUGGAUUUUCGCAGGUAGCUUGUAAACAAUAAUUUUGGGUAUUUGCAAGUUUUCUUUGGCCAUUUCAGGGUCGGUCAGUAUGUUCCUGCCAUUCCGCUCAUCCAUCCCACACCAUGCCACCAACAUUCUGCCUCAGGCCAGGAACACAGUGAAGCAAUGUUUUAUGGAUUCACACACACACACACACACACACACACACACAUUCUCUCUCUCUCUCUCUCUCUCUAAAUACAGUACCCUCCCGAGUUUCGCGCUUGCCUCGUUCCGAAGGUGUAGCACUAAACUCAAGGAUCGCGAAACUUGGGGUAUUGAAAGCAAUGAAAAAGCACUUUUUGGUUCUGACAUUAUAUAUAUAUAUAUAUAUAUAUAUAUAUAUAUAUA